AUGGAUAUCUCUUCCAUCUUGCAAGGAGGUUACCAACACCCCCUCUCGCGCUCAUGGCAAGCUCGCCGACACCUCACAAAGUCCAUGUUCAUGUACCCCAUCUUCAUUACUGACGACCCUAACGCGAGCGUCAUCAUCCCGAGUCUUCCCGGGCAGCGUCGAUGGGGUGUCAACAAGCUUGAAGAGUUCCUCGGGCCCCUGGUCAAGAAAGGAUUGGAAAGCGUUAUCCUGUUCGGAGUUCCUCUCAACUGCCAAAAGGACAUGCAAGGAACUCCCGCAGACGACCCAACUGGCCCCGUCAUCCUCGCAAUCAAAAAACUCCGCGAGCUCUUUCCCACAUUAUACAUCGCCUGCGACGUCUGCCUUUGCGAAUACACCGACCACGGGCACUGCGGUCUUCUCCACGGAGACGGCACCAUCGACACUGCGCCAUCCGUCCAACGCAUUGCCGAGGUUGCCGUCAACUACGCCAAGGCCGGCGCGCAUUGCGUCGCACCAAGCGACAUGAUGGAUGGGCGUAUUAAAGCUAUCAAGCGUGGUUUAAUUGAUGCUGGGUACGGCAAUAAAUGCACGCUAAUGGCGUAUUCAGCAAAAUUCGCGAGCUCCUUGUAUGGUCCCUUUAGGGACGCUGCGGGAAGCGCACCCUCUUUUGGCAACCGUAAAUGCUAUCAGCUCCCUCCGACCGGCCGUGGUCUCGCCCGCAGAGCCAUCCAACGAGACGCGGCGGAAGGCGCUGAUAUCAUCAUGGUCAAACCAGCUCUGCCGUACCUUGACAUCAUCGCAGAUGCAGCACAAAUUGCACCAGACCACCCUUUAGCGUGUUACCAAGUGAGCGGAGAAUUCGCUAUGAUACACGCCGGCGCCGCUGCUGGAGUGUAUGACCUGAAAACUAUGGCGUUCGAAAGUGUGGAGAGCAUGGUUCGCGCAGGGGCAACGCUAAUCCUAUCCUAUUUCACGCCCGAGUUUCUGGAAUGGUUGUAA